CUUUAAUCUUUGAUUAUCACCAAUUAAUUGGAGGCGGAUGGACGUUGGAAUCAGCUGGGUCACUGAUCAAUGAUUAACACUGGGGCUGGGUGUCUGGUUAUCUGGUAUUUAUACGCUGCUGGCCUUGGAGAAGUACAAUUUCCGUUACAGCAAUCAACGCAGCAGUAGCAGCGGGACAGCGGACGAUGGCGCUUGAAAUCCGCAACGUUGAAAUGAAGGUGGGAGAUACCGUGAAGAUUAAAGGGAAGAUUUCAGAUGAAGCUGACAGGUUUGCGGUGAAUCUGGGCAGCGACGCUGACCACAUCGGCCUGCACUUCCAGCCCCGCUUCCACGACUGUGAUGACGGAGCGGUCAUCGUCUGCAACUCCAAGUGUGCAGGUUGCUGGGACAGUGAGCAGCGGGAACAUGACUUCCCCUUCAACAAGGGCGACAAGUUCAAAAUGAGCAUCACAUUCAAGGGCGAUGUCUUUGCGAUUAAGCUCCCCAAUGACUCCGUGAUCGAGUUCCCCAACCGCUUAUCCCUGGAGACGGUCACUUUUGUCUCGGUGGAUGGAGACUUCAAGUUGGUCUCGUUCGGCUGCAGAUGAGAGGCUUUGAGAUGAAGGGUCAAAAGCAGGCACUGAAGAGAAAAUGACCCCGUCUGCUCGUGGCAGAUGCUACAAUAGUUUAAUUGGCUCUGGGAUUCUAGAUUUGAGUCCAGCCCUUCUGAUGAGAAUGCACGAAAUUUAAUUUGAUCACUUGUGGUCAGAAAGAUCUCCGAUCUGUUGUAAUCACUUUACUUGCCCAAGAAUAAAAAGUGUGGUGUAAUGGU